ACGGAAGUCUAAAAAAAAGAAAAAAAUGAUACGUGUAUUCGUGCGGUGUUGAAGGGAUAAAAGGAGGCUGAGUAGAUUUUCAUUCAUCUUCAUGUGUUGCUUGGAAUUUGAUUACAAUUUAAAGUAUUACUGGAAGGGUUCCCAACAGUUGGCAUCAGAGCCAUAUGAUUCUUUAUGGCGGACGGUGUAAGAUUCAAGAAGCAGCAAGAAAAUUUGCUGCUGAUUAAAUCCAUGGAACAAAUUCUUGAAGCAAUCCAGCAUCUCAGGAAUUUAGUCGAUCGAACGCAUAACAAUUACAAGGUUUUCAAACAUCAAUUAAAGGAAUCCUUCGGGGAGUGGCAAGACCAGGUUGCAGAGGAAGACGUAAAAAAUGCAACGAAGGUGGAAGAUAUUGUGGCAGUGCCGACGGGAGUUUACCCCAAAGAAAUUCCCCUCUUCCCUCUCCAUACCCAACCUCUCAUUCCUAACUCUAGAAUAAUCCUUCCCAAUGGCAAGAACCGUAUCUGCCACAUUCGCAUUCACAAACAUCAUCAAAUCCUCAAAUCCCAUGUUUAUAAUUAUCAUUUUCUUCUUCCUCACAAAUACAUUCCCAAAGAUCUGAUCCCGUUCUUCCCAUUUUAUGCACCCCUUCUCUCUCGAGAACCUCUCUAGUCACCGAGCCUCAUCUUGCUCAACGACCUCACCCUCACUCUUGGUCGAAUCAAUUACUGGGUGGAGGAUUUUUGACCUUGGCAUUCGCACUCCCUUUCAAACCUGCAGAGCAUGGAACGACAUACGGGUCAUGGGAGCUGCCAUCGCGGGAUACUCCAACACGUCCAUUGGCACUGCCGUUGAUUAUGCCGCGAUCCAAGUGUUUGACCAUAAGUUCUUUUCUAAGCUGACAAAGGAAGCUUCGGAAAUAAACGGAUGCUUUAGUUCAAGAGUCAGGCAUCUCCUUGAUCUUCAUGUUGCCUCCGGAAUGCAGGGAUAUUUAUUUCAUUUGCGUCAUUGUUUCAAGAAUGAUCAACAAGCAAUGGUACUAGAAGGAUGGAUACUGGGUGAAUAUGUUACAAUGAAUGCGAUUACAAUCAAAAAAAUCCUUAAGAAGUAUGAUAAAGUUCAUUGCUCAGAAAAUGGGAGGAAUUUCAAAUCCAGAUUGCGGGAAGAACACAUUGAGCUUUUGCAAUCUCUUUUGCUCAUAGAAUUGGCUACUUUUUAUUUGAGUUUCAAUGGGAAAAAAGGAGAGUUUAAUGAGUUUUCUUGUGAUUUUGAUGCAACCCGACCUGUAAUGACAUUGAGGCUUCUCCAUUCUAUAAAGCUGGAAUAUGAUUUGACUUGCGUUGUUUGCAGGGAUGUUGUUUUUAAUUCAUACGCAAUGAGUUGUAGCCAUUUUUUUUGCAAGUCAUGUGCUUGUCUUUAGUCUUUAUCUUCCAAGGUUGAUGAUGAACAGACCUUCCAGAUCAGCGAGGAAAGGGGUCGCGGGCACCAGCCAAAUUACUUCACGCUCACCCAAUCCUAGCUUCCCAUCGAGGAUGCAGAGUCUUUAAGAGCUUUGACAAAGAAGUAUGGUAUUCCCAGUAAUCUAGGUGACUCUGAGGAGAUAGACUUUAUUGUUUUAAAGAACUACUUGGAUGCUCAGUACCAUGGUGAGAUUGGCAUCAGUACUCUCCCUCAAAAUUACUCUGUAAUUGUUGACACCAGUAGCUCUAAUCUGUGGGUGCCAUCAUCUAAGUGCUAUCUCUCGGUGCCAUGUUAUUUCCAUAUUAUGUACAAACUAAGCGAUUUGAGUACCUACAAUAAAAAUGGGACAUCGGUUGCAAUCCAAUAUGGUAGUGGAUCAAUUUCUGGUUUCUUUAGCUAUGACAAAGUCAAAGUUGGUAAUCGAGUUGUGAAGGAUCAGAAAUUUAUGAAGGCAACUAGAGAGCCUGGUAUUACAUUUUUAGUGGCAUAGCUUGAUGGUAGGGGUACUUAUUUCAUAAUAGGUGAUGUUGGUGCUUACAGUUUAGGGAAAAGAGAAGGGAAUAUUCCAAAAGAGGCUCUGAGAAAUCCUACGGUGAUCUCAGAGGAGGUUGGUAAUAAUGUGGGUUAUGUAGCUGGAAUGGGAUUCGGUCUGUUGGCUUUAAUGGUGUUUGAAGUAAACGAGUCUGAUUUUUAUUUAUGGAUAGCAAUCAUUCCUAUUGCUCUUAUUCUUCUGGCGGGCACAAAGCUACAGCAUGUUAAUGCAACAUUGGCAUUAGAGGGUAUAACUAGAUUCUUCACAUGAUCAAAGCUGAGGCCUCAAGAUGAUCUUUUCUGGUUUAUGAAGCCGAAACUAUUGUUGUCCUUGAUCCAUUUUAUUCUAUUCCAGAAUGCAAUUGAAUUGGCUUCAUUCUGUUGGUUUUGGUGGCAGUUUGGGUAUAAUUCUUGCCUUGUUGGGAAUAAUUUGUUCGUGUACCUAUGGCUGGCUUUGGGGGUUUGCUAGACAGUUUUUGUGCAACUACAACGUCAUGUAUGAUCUAGAGUAUGGGAAAAUGGUUGAUAGGACUUGCUACAAUAGGGAUGUAAUAGCCAUGGUAGAGAUAAGAGUUAUUUGCAUUGAUGUUGGGAACACCAAUCCUGCAAUUGACAAGAGAGAUGCUUAUUACAAAAGGAGUUCUAAGGAAGGUAGCUGAAUGGGUUGCUGCUGAAUGGGAAGGAGCAGAACCUCAAGUUGUAUUAAUGCUCUAAACCUUGACGACAAGGUUCUUUAAAGGGUGGGGAUUUGUUAUGAACUUGACUAGGACGAUGUCUUUUGGGAUGAGCUAUAUGAAAUUAAGUUGCAACACAGCGUUUCAGCAACAUACAGAAGGAAUAAACGGGAUGCAUGGGGGGCUUGGAACACGGUCAUUUUGAAGGGAUUCUAGAAGCAGCAGUUUUGCUACACCAGAUUUCCAUCAACGUUGAUAUAAAUUCUAGAGGAUAGAACAAAACAGUUAUGGAAAAUCUCUUGUAGAACCUUGAAUCAGUGGAGGCCGGAUUACCUUGAAUUAAUCCCCAAUCUUAUGAUAGUAUUUUCAUUUCAUCUUUUUGUGUUGCUUGGAAUCUGAUUACAAUUUAAAGUAUU